AGAAUAUGACCAUGAUAAGAAUGACGAUGUGAACAUGCUAACUCCAGACGCGGAUACUUUGUUGAUACCUCACUAUGACACAGACUCAAGUGACUACAUUAGAAGAAGUGUGUCCGAGGUGUAGGACCAGCAACUAUCAGAACAAAUCUCUGAAACUCCUAGUUAACGAGUGCGGACAUGAUCUCUGUGACAAGUGUGUGGAACAUCUCUUUAUCAGAGGCUCCGCUCCCUGCCCGGGCUGCAAGCUAAUCUUGAAGAAAAAUGGGUUUAAGACUAAAAGAUUUGAAGAUUUUAGUGUGGAGCGUGAGGUUGAUGUCAGGAAGCGUAUCCUGAAAGUCUAUAACAAAACAGAGGAUGAUUUUCCUUCUUUGAGAGAGUUUAAUGAUUAUCUUGAAGAUAUUGAAGAAAUUGUAUUUAACUUUGCCAACACCGUUGAUGUUGAAGAAACUACAGCCAAAGUUGAAGCUUACAAGAAAGAUAACUUCAAGAUAAUACAAAAGAACAGGGUUGCUCAGAGUCGACAAGAAGCAUACCUCAAAGAGAAAACGCUUGCGGAGGAAAAGGAAUCAGAAGAACGUCGAGCUCAUGAACAAGAGUGUGAGAUGAUGGAGGAAAUGGAGCGUGUAGAACGGAAGAAGAAACUCCUAGAUCAGAUAGCCAGCUCAGAUCGCCCAGCUGAUGAGAUCUUGUUGCUCCACAAAGAGGAGGAGGAAACUGUGAUCAACAAGAGAUCCCUUCACUCCAUGUCUGCGUAUAACAGCGGCUUCAGUAUUGCCAUGAUAAACAGUGCUAAACCUAUCACCGACACCAAGGUCUUUAUCUACAAGUAUGAAGAUGGUAUGGGUGAUAAUUGUGGUCCUAAGACUUCAGAGGAAACCAUCCAGGAAUAUGCGGAGGAUGUGGUUGUCAGUGAUGUGGCCCUGGCGGGCGGGUUUUUAAGGGAUUAUGUUGUACAUAGACCUGUUGAUGAUGCCUACUCGGGACUUUUAAUUUUCCACUAAUAAAGUAUUUUGAUGAUAGUCAUUUCUAGAUGUUUUGCUCACGAACCCUUUCUUCUAUCUCCAAGAGAAACCUACUCUGUCUCCGGCUACGUAGUGUCUCGACCUUUAACUCCCAGAGGAAAGCACUUCAAAGGAACAGAGCUGCUAAACUGCCUAAUCACCACCAGUUUGACUACCUGAAGGAUGGGAUUGCGGAGAUAUUGGCUGAUAGGAUCACCGACAUUAGCCGAGACUUCCCCAAGAUAGUAGAUCUGGGAGCGGGGAAAGGUCACGUGUACAAACACGUGAACACCUACACCACAAAUACAGUGGUGGAGUGUGAUACUGCUCAGGAGUGUCUUAAUCUUCCCAGGCAAAAUAUCGAGGGCUUAAAGACAGAGCAAAUCCUGCUGGAGUCUGACGAUACCCUGCCAUUUGAGAACAGCUCCCAAGAUUUGAUAAUCUCUAACUUGUGGCUACAUUGGGUCAAUGAACUGCCUAAACUCUUUAGAGAGGUGGAGAGGGUUCUCACUCCUGACGGUGUGUUUAUUGGGUCUAUGUUCGCAGCUGAAACAGUUUACCAGCUGCGGGUCAGUCUACAGCAGGCUGAACUCGAGAGAACAGGUGGUAUCGCACCGCACAUAUCACCAUUCGUAACACCAGCAGACUUGGGAUCCUUACUGACUGGAGCUAGGUUCUGUAUGAUAACACUUGACAGUGAGGACAUCACCAUAACCUAUCCGGAUCUAUACUUCCUGAUGAGAGAUAUCCAAGGGAUGGCGGAGAACGGUUGCCUGACCUCGUCUCCGGGCGGCUUACGACGGGAUGUGUUGAUGGGGGCGGCUGGGCUUUACCAUGACCUCUACGCUAACGCUGACAACUCUCUACCCCUGGCAUUUAAUGUCCUGUACUUCAUAGCCUGGAAACAGAGCGCCGCACAGGGCAAGCCUAAACCCAGGGGAUCUCAAAAUGCUUCCAUUGGUGAUCUGGGGAAAAUGUUUGAUCAGGGGCCCAAGACUUGUGAGUGAGAAAUAAUUGUGGGGUUAAAUAUCUCGUUAGUUAAAUUACAGAUAGUUGUAUUUUGAUUUAGCAACUAAAAUGCCAUUAAAUGCUAUAUUAGAUGGUGCUUUGCAAGAUAACUGAAUCUGAAGUUCGAUCAAGUUAAGCUGUCAAAGUGGAAUCUCAAAUCAAGCCUUGUCAUUUUAUUCGUUUAUUGCUUAACAGAAACAGUUUCACUAACCACUACGGAUGACUUCAGGUCCCCCCCCCCCCCCCCCCCCCCCCCCUUCAGGUGUAGUUCAGUUUAAUAAGCUUAGUUUAAACUUAUUUUAAUGUGUUGAGAAGAAUGUCUGAUAAAGUUAUUUUUAUAUUUAUUAACGUGUUUAGAUAUAUUUGGUUGAGCUCCUCAAUAUUAUCUUGUGGUAUUUUUAGGGAUUGCGUAUUCUAAAAUUUCUAAAAUGACAAGAAAGCUUUCGUUAAAUUCCGUUUAUCCUAUUAAAACAAAUCGCUUACAUGUCAAAGAUGUCAAAAAUAUUGAUGAUUCCACAUUUGCAAUGUUUUAUAUUUUUAUAAGUUUGAGUUUGUUGCAUGAGUUUUAAAUAUAUUUCAAGUGACCA